UCACGGAAGGCGCAAGAGUCAAAAAAUUUUCCCCAAAAUUCCUCGUUGAAAUAUUCCUCGACGGCCGGUGACAGUUACGGUUAUUGCGAGACGUGCUGCCCUCGAUUCUGCUCUUUAAUAACCGGUGAUAAACUCCUCUUUCGGGUUAUUUAAGGGGAGAAGAGGAGGGAGAGGAAAACCAGAGGCACCGAAUCAGCUGAUGGCGAAUGGGCCAGAAAAGAAUAAUAGUUAGCAGCCCAGCAUAGCUAAAGAUCGGAUGCUGGCGGAGGAAAACUUGUCUGCGAUAAACUCUAGGGUCGGGCGACACAGCGGCCACCGCCACCAUGGACUCCAACACGUACACUAUAGGCGGCGUCAAAGUGGAGUUCCCCGUCAGGCCAUACCCGUCGCAGAUGGCCAUGAUGGCGCAGAUUGUGAAAGGUCUCCAGCGGCGUCAGAACUGUUUACUGGAGUCCCCGACAGGAUCAGGAAAGUCAUUAGCCCUCCUUUGCUCGACGCUGGCAUGGCAACAAGCAGAAACAGAAAAGGCUGAUCGCUACAACAGUUUGAUUAGACAAGGAAUCACCGAUCCAGCCGUGUUGGCCCGCGCCGCCGGCCUCAGCGCCUCCGCCGCCGCCGAGCUGUCCCUCCUCGGCGCCCCAGAGCCGACUCCAGCCAGCCAGCCGCCCGGACCGCCCGCAGCCCAGCCGCCGCCGCCCACGGAUGAGGCCGCUGCCGCCGCCGCCGCCCACGGAGGGGGGUUCAUCCCUGAAGAUGAGGAUGACGAUUUUCGGACGACGAGCAAUCGCUUCAGGACGCCCUUCGAGGUCAAGUCAGACACGACCAUGGACGUGGGCGCGGGCGUAUUGGAUGCGACCCAAGGGGACGAGAGUUUCAUGGGCGACGUCCCGUGGGCGGCGCAGCCAAGGCAGCUGCCGAGGAUGAAAGUGCCCAAGAUCUUCUUCGGGACGCGCACGCACAAGCAGAUCUACCAGAUAGUGAAGGAACUGCGGCGGACCUCCUACAGGAACACCAGGACGGUGGUGCUGAGUUCCCGCGAGCACACGUGCAUCCACCCGACGGUCAGCAGGUCGCGCAACAAGAAUGAAGGGUGCCGGGACCUGCUCGAUCCGCAGAGGGUAAGCAGAUGGAUUUAA